AACUUGUUCUCAACUUGCCUACCUGGUUAAAUAAAGGUGAAAUAAAAUAAAUAAAAUACUCUGUCUGGUUUUGCCUCCCUCCAUCCAGCUGAAAAGGGUGACGCUGCAACUGCUCAUUAUAUGAGGGAAUUAUUCAAUGUAUGGGGGUCGAUGUAAUACAUCAUACAGAAGUGGUCUAAAACUAAUUGUGUGCAUGGGUUUGUGUGUGUGGUGUCAUUGGUCAUUUAUGUGAUCUGGGAGCAGAGUGAGCUUUGUGAACCACCUGGAAUGUGUCAGCAGUUGGGCUCUAAUGAGUUUAUCAGUGGCAUUGUGCUGCUACAUUACAAAUGGCUGCCUUACUGAACCUUCCUAAACAGACAACUAGCUCGAGGUCUACACUUCCAACAUUGUCAAGAUGAGGUUUCAAAUGGUUCUCUUGACUUUAUCCAUCUGCUUUGGUGCCAUUUCGUCGUCUCCCUCCAUGUCCAACCCUCCGCCCUCGGACUUGAAGAGAAAGACAGGCUGUUUAAAAAUGAGUAACUGUAGAUGCAUCAUGAAGGACGGCUCAGGGGUGAUAAACCUGGUAGCCAUGGCAGAUUCAGACGGAUUCUUGGGACACCUAAAGCCUGUGCCCUCGGAGAACGCACCGCCAAAUGCAGAAAUCCUCCUCUCCUUCAGCCCCUGUCAACCGUUCUCUGAGCCAGAGGACCUCGCAGGGACAGACUGCACAGAUGUGGCUGCCUGUUUGUCAGUCAGGUUUUACAGAAAUAACAGAUACAUCAGUCAUUACAUAAACUAUGGGAGACAUGAGGGCAACGAAUUCCAUUACAACAAGAGCUUGCAGACACUGUCUGUUUCAUAUUCUGUCCUAGAGUACACCCAGCCCCUGACAGUAGUACACUACCGCUGUAGUCCCAACAUAUCCACUUCCUUCGCCCUACACUUUAAUGGAGACAUUCCCCUGCAAAUCUGGGUGGAGAGUCCCUGUGCCUGUCCAAACGCCUGUGCCCUGGGGGACGUGGGUCCUGGCACCAUCUUCCUCAUCAUCCUCUCCCUCAGCGCCACUGCCUACUUUAUCCUGGGGUCCUGUGCUCUGCGGCCAUUCAGGGCAGGCAGUGGAGUGCAGAUCGCUCCAGAGGAAAGUCUGUGGUGCAUGCUCUGUUACAUGUUCACUGAACGCAGAGGGGGUAGGAGGAGGAGAUACAUCUCCCUGCGAGAGGAAACCCUGUGAAGCAUGGGCUAUCGGAUAAAUGGGCAAUGAAAAAGUAGAAGGUGACAAAGCUACUGCAUAUGAAAUGACACUGAGGGAAACUUGGGCUUGAGAUCGAUUAUAUUUCCAGUGAUGUGACUGAUAUACAUGCAGGAGACAUGAUUUUCUAUAUGUUUAUGAGUGGGGUAGCAUUGAACAGCAUAACUAACAACCAGACUAACAUUUUAAAACAAAGUUAUUGUUCCAUUUAGUUUAAUAAAGAUUGAAAACAGAAGAGAAAAAAAUA